AUCCAGCAACGCAAGCAGGCCUCGGGGGCGCUGUCGGCGAAAACCACGCGCCGAUGCCCUUCCACUCGACACGGCAGCGCCAUAGCCCUAGCCAGAUGGGCUGCCGCCCUCGGCGAGGGCGUUUCACUCAUGCAGGAGCGGCGGCGCCGCCAAUUCCCCCCCUGCCAGCUAGCCAACCCGGCAGAGAGCACAGGCCUGGGUCUGGUCUUGGACCUUGCUGGCGCCUGCCCGGCCGGUCGUGAUCGCCACCUUGGCACUGAUCAUUCCCGGGUUGUGUCACUUUUUCCGCUGGAAUGAGAGCGCCGCCUCUGGCUGCAUGCUGGCACACCAGACCCGCCCUCGAUGCUUCGGCCCGGUGCCUAUUGCAAUGACCUCAAAGCCCGGGAGCAUGGCAUCCCCCACGCAGGCCAUGGGGCAUCUGCGGCCGCCGGCCCGCGCGAGCGCGGAGGCAUGCUGUCAAGCAGGCGCUGGUUGGCCCCGCCCCGCGGCUCGCCUGCACGUGUGGCCGGCCCCUUCCAAGAGCGCUCGGAGGAUGCUCUCCUGGCACCAUGGGCAGCCGCAAGCACCGAGUGCCUGCUCCGAUCCACCCGUUGGGUGGCCUCUUUCCGACGCGUCACCGCCCCUUUUUUUCCCACACACCGCGUCGCAAAUAGCACCAUCUGGGGCCCCGGCACCUUUGACCCUCCAUCGCCGGAGCCGGCAUCUCAGCCAGCCGGCGUGGCAGGCCAGAUCCUCUCAUCAUGGUCGCACCUGCGUUCUUAGCCCCCACAGGCACCGCUGCGAUGGCCCCCUCCCCGCCCGAGGUCGGGCCCUGCGCGGACGCCAUGGAGGAACCACAACGCCAACGGAUGACCCAGGCGUCCGAUGACCGCGUGUCUUCCCGACAUGGGUGUCCCAUGCCGAGCCUCGCUUUGCAAGCGCCGGGGUUGCCCACGUCGUGCCUUGGCCAUCGGUGGCUCCGAGGCGUCGAUGCCCCGGCAGUGGGUCAGGAGCCUUCGCGCGGACAGACACAAGCGCAAACCCUCGCUCGGCCUCGGAGCCGGGUGGAAAAUGAAGAGUUUUUGUUCCGGCGGCGAGCCCCCUACGCCAUGUAAGCCUGUUUAGCUCAGUUGGUAG